AUGGAGAGCCCAAUGCCUGUUCUGGCUAAUAAAACCCUACAAGAAUUCUUCAAAGUUUUCCUCAUCCACAAAGGUUCUACCCAGUUGCAAUUACCAACAUCUUUCACCAAGUUCUUCAAUGAAAUUGCACCAUGCAAGGUCACUCUUGUAGAUCAGGAUGGAAAAUGUUUGGAUGUUAAAUUGGAGAAAAUUGAGGGUCGUUUGGUUUUUAAGAAUGGGUGGCAGCAAUUUACCCAGGAGAAAAAUUUAGAAGAGGGGGACUUUUUGGUUUUUCAGUAUGAUGGCAUGUCUACCUUUAAUGUUAAGAUAUUUUCGAAAACUGGGUGCAAGAAAGUGGCUGCACCUCCAAAUAGUGAAAAAAUUGUUCCCAUUGUGAAUUUGGAAGAAGAUUCUAAUCAGCAUAGUAAUAAAAACCAGAGCAAUGGUGCAUGUCCAUCCAAAGGAGCUCGAUAA